AUGUAUGCUGUGACUAUUAGUGAUGAGGGUGACUGUUUCCGGUGUUUUCCGCCCGACCCGGGCAUUGAGACUGCCGCUCUAGGUACUAGUGAGGCUGCUGCUCUAGGUGCUAGCGAGGCUGCUGCUCUAGGUGCUCGUGCGUGUGCUCCCUCAGGUGCUGAUGAGUCUGCUCUCUCAGGUACUGCGUUGGCUUUGGCCUCCCACACCUUCACCCUUGACUCAGGGGCUUCUCGCUCCUUCUUUCGAGACCGCACCACACUCACGCCGCUUGGCUGGCCAGUUGCAGUUUCUCUGGCAGACCCCUCUGGGGGUCCUGUCCUUGCUCACUACUCCACUGUCCUCCCGUGUCCGUCGGCCCCCUCUGGCACCCUGUCUGGUCUUUACCUCCUCUCGUUCUCUACGAACUUGGUGAGUGGUGCUGACCUACAGGAUGCGGGGGUUCACCAGUUCACUCCUGCACGUCAGCGGGUGACCCACUGCACGGACGCUCGGACAGGCCGACACCUCGCCACGUUUACACGUCGGCCGGGGUCGAGCCUGUACUCACUGACCACUGCGUCUCCUCCAGUCACUGCGUCUGGUCAGGUAGCUGCGUCGGGUCAGGUGUUUGCUGCAGCGUCCAGGUCUGGUCCUGAGUCUGCCCCCUGCUCGUGUCGCCUCCUGUCUCACGAGACUCUCCUCUGGCACCACCGCCUUAGUCACCCCUCCCUGCUUUGUCUCCGAGGCAUGGCCUCCCGUGUCAUUGUCUCUGGUCUUCCUCGAUCCCUCCCUCUCCUUCCUCCUGGGCCUGGCCCUACCUGCGUCCCCUGUGUCGAGGGGCGGCAGCGGGCUGCCCCUCACUCCUCCCAGUUUCCUCCAACAGAGGCCCCGCUGCAGACACUUCACAUGGACGUGUGGGGCCCGGCCCGCGUCCGGGGACAGGGUCACGAGCGCUACUUCCUGCUGGUGGUUGACGACUACUCGCGUUACACCACAGUCUUCCCCUUGCACAGCAAGGGUGAUGUCACUGAGGUUGGCGAUGCGUCUGCGUUCCGUGUCUGGGGAUCUCGGGCGUUUGUUCGCGACUUGUCUGCGGACAAGCUGUCCCCUCGUGCUGCUCCUUGCGUCUUCCUUGGCUUCCCCCCUGACGCGCCAGGGUGGCAGUUCUACCACCCCACCUCUCGCCGUGUUCUGUCCUCCCAGGACGUCACGUUUGACGAGUCGGUCCCCUACUACCGCCUCUUCCCCUACCGCACUCCGUCCCUCCCCCCGCCACCGCUCUUCCUUGUACCAGGUCCCCCCCCGGUAGACCCCCUCCCCCCUCAGGGUCCUGCCCCUUCAGGUGUGUCCCAGGUAGACGCAGUCAAGCCUGUCGAGUUUACUGGUGACUCUGGUGCUGCUGAGGGUGCUGAGCCUUGGGGUUGUUGA